GAGGCCUCUGGGUAGGUGGCUCUCUCCCGCCCCUCAGUUGAAGGCUCUGACGGCUACUUCUGCGGCGCCGCGCCUUCAAGGAUGGCUGCCUUGGUUGUAAACAAGCCUGGAACGGGACUAGACUGUGGCCGUCAGGGUAGCCGGGGGACGGCCGUGGUGAAGGUGCUGGAGUGUGGAGUUUGUGAAGAUGUCUUUUCUUUGCAAGGAGACAAAGUCCCUCGUCUUCUUCUUUGUGGCCACACGGUCUGUCAUGACUGUCUCACGCGCCUGCCUCUUCAUGGAAGAGCAAUUCGUUGCCCCUUCGAUCGACAAGUAACAGACUUAGGAGAUUCAGGUGUCUGGGGAUUGAAAAAAAAUUUUGCUUUAUUGGAGCUUUUGGAACGACUGCAGAAUGGACAUAUUGGUCAGUAUGGUGCUGCAGAAGAAGCCAUUGGGAUAUCUGGAGAGAGCAUCAUUCGUUGCGAUGAAGAUGAAGCUCAUGUUGCCUCUGUGUAUUGCACUGUAUGUGCAACUCACUUGUGCUCAGAGUGUUCCCAAGUUACACAUUCUACAAAGACGUUAGCCAAGCACAGGCGAGUGCCACUAGCUGAUAAACCUCAUGAGAAAACCAUGUGCUGUCAGCAUCAGGUGCAUGCCAUUGAGUUUGUUUGCUUGGAAGAAGGUUGUCAAACUAGCCCACUUAUGUGCUGUGUCUGCAAAGAAUAUGGAAAACACCAAGGUCACAAGCAUUCAGUAUUGGAACCUGAAGCUAACCAGAUCCGAGCAUCAAUUUUAGAUAUGGCUCACUGCAUACGGACCUUCACUGAGGAAAUCUCAGAUUAUUCCAGAAAAUUAGUUGGAAUCGUUCAGCACAUUGAAGGAGGAGAACAAAUAGUGGAAGAUGGGAUUGGAAUGGCCCACACAGAACAUGUACCAGGUACUGCGGAGAAUGCCCGGUCAUGUGUCCGAGCUUAUUUUUCUGACCUACAUGAAACUCUGUGUCGUCAAGAAGAAAUGGCUCUAAGUGUUGUUGAUGCUCAUGUUCGAGAAAAACUGAUUUGGCUCAGGCAGCAACAAGAAGAUAUGACUAUUUUGUUGUCCCAGGUUUCAACAGCCUGUCUCCAUUGUGAAAAGACUUUGCAACAGGAUGAUUGUAGAGUUGUCUUGGCAAAACAAGAAAUUACAAGGUUACUGGAAACAUUGCAAAAACAGCAACAGCAGUUUACAGAGGUUGCAGAUCACAUUCAACUGGAUGCCAGCAUCCCUGUGACUUUCACAAAGGACAAUAGAGUUCACAUUGGACCAAAAAUGGAAAUUCGAGUUGUUACAUUAGGAUUAGAUGGGGCUGGAAAAACUACUAUUUUGUUUAAGUUAAAACAGGAUGAGUUUAUGCAGCCUAUUCCAACAAUUGGUUUUAAUGUGGAAACUGUAGAAUAUAAAAAUCUAAAGUUCACUAUUUGGGAUGUAGGUGGAAAACACAAAUUAAGACCAUUGUGGAAACAUUAUUACCUCAAUACCCAAGCUGUUGUAUUUGUUGUUGAUAGCAGUCAUAGAGACAGAAUUAGUGAAGCACACAGUGAACUUGCGAAGUUGUUAACAGAAAAGGAACUCCGAGAUGCUUUGCUCCUGAUUUUUGCUAACAAACAGGAUGUUGCGGGAGCUCUGUCAGUAGAAGAAAUCACCGAACUUCUCAGUCUUCAUAAACUGUGCUGUGGUCGGAGCUGGUAUAUCCAGGGCUGUGACGCUCGAAGUGGUACGGGGCUGUACGAAGGCUUGGAUUGGCUCUCACGCCAGCUCGUGGCUGCUGGAGUAUUGGAUGUUGCUUGAUCUUAAAUGCAGCAGUCGUUUCAAGUUUUGUGGUUAAGAGUUUUUUUGCACAUAAUAUGCUGUAAGAAACUCGACAUCUCAAUGAUAGUUCAUUUAGGGUUACGUAUAUAAAAGGAAUCUUGGAUUGGGAAUUCAGUACAAUAUCGCUUUAAAAAUUAUGCUGUAGUGAAAUUUAAAUUCUGAUUGAGCACAUUAAAUUGGAUGAAAUAGGGAUUUGAGUAUACAUUUUUUAAAUGUACAUUUAUUUAAGUUUUUCAGAUUAUAUGUGACCCAUAUAUUGGGAAGUAGUUACAGAAAAAGGAUAAGUGAAGGUUUAUUCUUACAGUCAACUUGAGUGCCUAAUGGAACCUGUGUGUGAAGCAAGUGAAGCAUAGCUUCGUCUUGAACUUGCCUUUUCACUGAAUUCUGGCAGUAUUUAGUAGCAAAAACGGCAAUUAAUGAAAUAGAAUCCACAAACUGCAGCUUUGGGUAAUAGAAUUACUUUUAUCUUUAGUAUAACAGAAUACUUUUAAUGCUAAGACUAUAAGCUAUAGAAAAUUAAUUUUAUACAAUGUUUUAUUAAAACUCUCUCCUAAAGCUUUUUGUAUAAAACCCAGUGAGUCAGAAUGAAAUAUUAUCUAACUAUGCCUGAUUGACAGAUUUGUACUAAACUGAAGGACAGUUAAUAAAACUGUGAAAGUUAUGUUCUAGUUAUUCUUCACUUAUGAAAGACCCAUUUCUGGGCCUGAACCUGGAUAUAUUUCCUACAGAGCUCUAACUUGGUCCUUCUAUUUUUUUCCAACAUAUUUAAAGUACUUAGUAGUGUUUCUUUUUAAAAUAUUGCAUCCUUAGUGAGAAUGACUGUAUGUGAAAUAUAGUAAGUUACACAUAGAACCAGGGUUGGCUUUACAUAAAAGAGAGAUCAAAGUAUAAAACUACAUUUACCUUAAGAAAAAUCAUUUAAACAGUAGAGAAUGCAUACUACAUCAAUUACUUUAAAAUGCUUUCCCCAAAUAAAUGCAUUUAUAUUGACAAUAAAACAAGAUUAAGGCUCUUUGUGACAAGGUCUUGAAAAGUUAUUUAAGAGAAAUAAUACAUCUAAGGAAGGAAAAGAAACUUUCAAAAAGUUUACAUCACUUUUAUUAUGCAGUGUUGUACAAGUUAAAAAAUUUUGUGCUCUUUACUGUUUUUCAUUUUUGAAGAUACUCCCUUAUUAUGGCAGUACAAUUUAUUAUAUUUAAACAUAGCUAGAUUGGGUUUUAUGAAAUUUUUUAAUACUUUUUAUAUUUUAGGAUGAAUCCUAAAUCUUAGUUGAAAUACUAUGUGGACAUUGAUGUGUGAUGACAGAUGUGACGUUCAGGUGGUACACUUUUGGUUUAGUCUCUUCAAAUGUAUUUUUGUUUAAAAACAAAACUUUUAGAAAACAAAGCAUUAAAAAAAAAAGGUCGUUAUGGGCCAUGUGUAAAUAAGUAAAUAUAAUUAUGUCGUCCCUUUAUUUUUCAAGUAAAAGGUCAUGCUGUUUCAAGUAUACUUUGUGAGUAUAAGUAAUACUUUUGAAUUAAAUUAUUUAAUAUUUGAUUGAUUGCAAUAACUGUGAAAAAUAAAAAUGGUGUUACAUUUGCCUGUGAACCCUUGAACUGUUUACUAGGUCUAACACUAACAUGUAAACUUACUUUCCUUGUAAAUUAUUAAGUUUACUUCACCAACUUUGUAAUGCACCUUCUUAGCAUAUUACUAAACACAAUUUAAAAGCUGUGCUUCGACCUAAUUGUAAUGUAUAUAAUAGUAGUGUUUGUGUGUGAUUUUUUUUUUUUUUAAGAAACAUUUUUCUCAGGCUCUUACUAUUUGUGGUUGUAUUCUUUCGCUAAUUAUGAUUGUGCUAGUUCCCUCUGGGAAACAUCAAAUUUAAGAAUGAGAGAGACAUUUUAAAUAUAAUGUUAGGAUUUGCUUCCUAGCUCUGAAUUUCUGUAUUAAGCCUAAAUAUUAAUGUAUGAUUUAUAUAAAGCAGGUUUUUCAAGUGUAUAGCCCUGGUCUGUAAUUCUGGAAUGCUUUAUAAUCACCAGAAGCCACUAUUUGCAUUACACAUAUGAUCAGCACAGACAGCAAUAAAAUGUUGAAAUCAUUUUAAA